GUUCUGUUUCUGUGAUAUUUCACUGAUGUUCGAUAAUUUAUAUUUGUUUUUUGUCCGUGGUUUCCUUGGUUGUGUUUGUGUCUUGUAUUCAUAACUGCACAUAACUGUUAAUAUUUACUAUUCUUUUUGAGCUAGUAAGGAUGUGAGUGAGACAGGCUGUGGCUCUGUUAAUUGGGUUAACCUUAUGUAUUCUGUUAUUCUGUCGUUACCGUUAUUGCAUUCCGGCAGCUUGUGUUGGUCAUCCGUAUUCCAGCAUUGACAGAGACAACAAUGGUGGCAGUUGGAUUGGUACGCAGGUUACUGCAGCGGGCCUCCCCUAGGAAUCUCCAAGAAGCAGCAUUAGCUGAACGAUGUAUUGUUGUAAAUGAACAUGAUAAAGUGAUAGGAGAUGCCAGCAAACGAGACUGUCAUCGAGUGCACCCUGAUGGGAACAUCAUCCUGCACAGAGCUUUCAGUGUGUUUCUUUUCAACUCUCAAAAUGAACUGCUCCUGCAGAAGCGUUCUCCCCAGAAAAUAACAUUCCCUAGCUGCAUCACCAACACAUGCUGCAGCCAUCCCUUGUAUGAGAUAGUAGCAGAGAGGGAAGAAACUGAUAUUCUAGGGGUGCGUCGAGCAGCAGGACGUCGUCUAAAUUAUGAGUUGGGAAUUCCUCUGGAGGAGGCAGGUCCUGAAAGAUUCCAGUAUCUUACCCGGAUACAUUACCGUGAUCCUGGAGAUGGACAGUGGGGUGAACAUGAGAUUGACUAUAUAUUGGUUUUGCAUGGCAAUGUCACUCUGGAUCCAAAUCCUGAUGAGGUGGCCGAAGUGCAAUAUGUGGCUCAUGACAAGCUGGACAAUUUUCUCAAGAGCCAGUCUGCACCGCUCACGCCAUGGUUUCGUCUCAUUACCCAGCACCACCUCAGACUCUGGUGGGAUAACCUCCAUCAACUUCACAAGUUCCAGGAUCACUCAACAAUCCACAGAUUUUGCUGAUGAACAUGCUAUGCAUUCCUUAACAAAGUUCAUUAUGUAAUUGUAUUGCAAGACUGAACACACGUUACCAAUAUAUCUUAAAUAACAUAGCAUAAAACAUUCGUACAUGCAAUUCUAAGAUGUUUUCACAUCUAAGUCUGAAACAUUUACAACUCUUGUAUCUGUUCUCACUUCUGCUCUUUGUAUGUCUUCCCUCACCUCAUGCUUCAUGUCUAUGAAAGUUCUUUAUUUGCAGUCUUCUCAAAGGAUCGUUUUUGUUAUGCAUGUCACACAUCCAUAAUUCCACCAGCUUUUCGUGUAUGUAUACCCUCAAAUAUGGACUAAUGAAAAUAUUGUUGGGUAAAAUGGCUAAUAUCCUAUUAAUGACACAGCUGGGAAUUCUGUCUACUGCAAAGUAUUUCAUUUCUCCACUUCUUUAUUCGCCAAGAAAAUAUUAACCACGACUCUACCAAAAGAAGAAGACUAUAUGUUGCUAUGGUGAUGGUUGUACUGAGAUUACUGGAGAUGUAAACAUUACAUGAUAUUACAAGUAAAGUUCAAGUCAACUCACAGAAAUAUAAAUCACAGUUUGAGUGUGUUAAUAUCAAAAGAGCACUUGUUUAUCUGUGCACAGGCCCAGAGCCAUAACCAAGUGUAUUCAUGUUGAUCUGAUAUUCUAGAUUAAGGAAUAUAAUGGAGCUAUAUAUUGUGACGUGGACAGCGCAACGCUUGGUAAACACACCCCCCCAGCGGUGAGGUAACAGCAUCGUAGCAACUGCCACUGCUCAGGCCAUCAACACUCCAUCCCCCUCCCCUGCAGUGAUGUAACAGGGGACACCACGGUUAUUACACAGCAAUAAACAACUCUUGGCAGCGUUCCCCAGCAACGCCUGUAAAC